AUGAGCCUGAUCCUUCACAUCGUGGCGGGCAUGAGUAUCACAGCUGGUAUACCCAACGCACCCAUUUGGAGCUGUAUUGGUGUUAAUAUUGAUCAGGGUAUCAUCGACUUUGGGCACACAGGUCGUAUCGUGCAUGCACUGGGCUCAAAUAUUUCCUCGCCAUCUUUGGAGCCGGUCAAGCCCAGUGGUCGAUUUUAUGAUUAUCGGAGUGGCAUGAAGUGGUUCGAGCCUGAUUGGUCAACCCACUUUAUCUUGAUGUGCCAGAGACUCGGACUAGCCUCGGAUCUUAUAACAACCAGCCAUUCUGAGGUUGAGCAGGCCCGCCGAAUCCAGAUGCAGCGAGGCCAUCAUCCUGAGAAACUUGAAGAUCUACCUGCUUUGUCACAGUUUCCAGCGAUGGAGUGGAACGAAUUCACUGCUCAAGCCGCUCGUGGUCGCUGUUUAGUUUGCAUUAACGACAUUGUCCACGACAUUACUGAUUUUAUAUAUGAUCACCCUGGAGGCCGCACGGUCUUACAGAACGCAAUCGGCAAGGACGUUACGAAUAUAUUUUACAAUGGCAAUCAUCCGCAUUCACCAUAUGCCAAGAGAAUCCUGGAAACCAGGCGUAUCGCUAUCAUUCAGGGUCGUGGCCAGGAUUUCCCUAGCCUCAGACAGAAAUAG